AUCAAGAACAAAAACAAGAAGAAGAAGCAGAAGAAGAAGAAGAAGACCUCUGUAGUUGACGGUCAUGGCUGCUGCAGUGGGACGUUCGUCCCUGUGGUUAACCUCCAGACUGUUCGUGGAUCGAGACAGAGCGCGCAGGGUGACAGCCUCAUACCUUUGCUGCCGACAGCAGAGAGGUUGCUGUUUCAAUCGCUCCAUAACUGCAACCCGGCAAUACAGUUCUGACUCCAGGGAUGACCUGAAGGUCCGAUAUCUGGAUGGGGAAGACGCGGGAAUUGUUGUAGUUGGGAUAAAUCGACCAAAAGCCAAAAACUCCAUAAGCAAAAAUCUUGUCAACAUGAUGUUUGAGGCUGUAGAGGAUAUUAAGAAGAAUAACAAAGUGCGCAGUGUUAUUUUAUCCAGCUUGGUUCCUGGUAUUUUCUGUGCAGGUGCAGAUCUGAAAGAAAGAGCAAAGAUGCAUCAAAGUGAGGUGGGACCGUUUGUUUCAAAAGCAAGAGCCCUAAUCACAGAGCUGGAUAAUCUUUCAGUACCUACUAUUGCUGCGAUUGAUGGGGCUGCCUUAGGAGGAGGUUUGGAAAUGGCCCUUGCUUGUGACAUAAGAAUUGCUUCCAGCAGUGCAAAAAUGGGACUAGUUGAGACAAAGCUUGCAAUUAUUCCUGGAGCAGGUGGAACACAACGUCUCCCAAGGAUUAUUGGUGUGUCUCUAGCCAAGGAACUCAUAUUUACUGCUAGAAUAGUGGAUGGAAAAGAGGCAGGUCGUCUGGGGCUAGUCAAUCAUUCUGUAGAGCAGAAUGACAGUGGAGAUGCUGCCUAUCUCUACGCUCUUGAACUUGCUCGUCAGAUCAACCCUCAGGGUCCAAUUGCAGUUAGGAUGGCAAAACUAGCAAUCAACCAAGGAAUAGAGGUGGAUUUAUCUACAGGUUUGGCAAUUGAAGAGGCAUGCUAUGCUCAGGUGAUCCCAACAAAAGACCGUUUGGAAGGUUUGGCUGCUUUUAAGGAGAAGAGGCGUCCUCAUUACAAGGGGGAGUGAGGUCAUACGAGUCAUUUCAAGAAAUUCUGCUCCAAAGGUUGAUGAAUUCCCACAGCUUUGAACAACCAAACUAUUUCACUGCAAAGACUUAGAAUGGAGGACAUGUAUGGCAUGUGUUAUGAUAACAAAAAGUUAUUAUUGUAAUUACUGCACUCUUUCAAGUCUGAGUUCAACAGUAGGUUUACCUUAUUUUAUUUUCUUGGAAACAUUUAGUACAUUAUUAAAAAAAUAGAAUUUGAUAUUUGUUUUCCUUCAACAAAUUACAUGUCUACCUUUAGACAGUUGGGAACUCAUGGCAUACAGAAAUGGUAAAUAGAAAGUACACAUCUUUGAUAUGUAAGUUUUUAUUGCAAACUUAGUACAUGGUUUUUCACAGAACUGAUGAGCUGCCAUCUGGAGUUCACUGUUUUGGACAUUUUAGGCUAGAUAUGAAUUGUUUAGAACCUGGCAAAGACCAGAUUAUUUCUGUAUUGUAAUGUUGGAACUGAUAAAUGCUGGACCUUCUGUUUUCCAUGGCUGUACUAACGCAUGAGGCUUUUAAAGCUCACAAGGUUUCAUUGUUUUCUUUAUGUAUGAACCAUAUAUGUAUGUACAUGUUGGGUCUUUCAAGCAGAGCUGUUGCUUCAGUUUGCUGGAAAUGAUUUGAAUAUAAUUAAAUUCUCUCUCCUAUUUAGUGCCAAAAAUAUAAUGCCAUAUAAUAACCACAUUUUUUCAAAAUUGUGUUUUGAAAAUGCCUAAUGUAAUAACAGAGGUUGUGGAUGUUUGUCAUGAAACAACCCAUGUAAUUUAGAACUUUUGUUUUUCUUUUCUAUUAUUUCUUGGUAUUGUUUGUUUUGUUGUUUUAGUCUGAAACUGCUUUUGCUAAACCUUUGAAUUAUUGAGUCACAUGCUGUGUGAAGAUUGGCCAUGUCAAGCAGCUGCAAUAAAGUCUAAAAGAAAUGCCUGA